AUGCCAGUGCUCGCCGGCGGUGCUGAGUCAGAAGCAGGUAUCCCGAAAGCCCCUUCUGAUGAGCGGCGCCCCGGGGCCAUGGAGGAGCUGGAGCACACCUGUCCGCAGCCGCGCCUGACUCUGACAGCACCUGCCCCGUUUGCAGAUGAAACAAGCUGUCAGUGCAGAGCACCCCACGAGAAGCUGACCAUUGCACAAGCCCGCCUGGGAACACCAGUUGACAGACCUGUCAGAGUGUAUGCAGAUGGGAUAUUUGACCUCUUCCAUUCUGGCCAUGCUAGAGCUCUUAUGCAAGCCAAAACUCUAUUCCCAAAUAGCUACUUAUUAGUAGGAGUUUGCAGUGAUGAUUUAACUCAUAAGUUCAAAGGCUUCACUGUGAUGAAUGAAACGGAGAGAUAUGAAGCCCUCAGACACUGUCGCUAUGUGGAUGAGGUCAUCAGAGAUGCACCCUGGACACUAACACCAGAAUUCCUUGAGAAACAUAAGAUUGACUUUGUAGCCCAUGAUGACAUCCCAUACUCCUCUGCUGGCUCGGAUGAUGUAUACAAGCACAUAAAAGAGGCAGGAAUGUUCGUACCAACGCAGAGAACUGAAGGUAUCUCAACAUCAGAUAUAAUCACAAGGAUUGUGCGGGACUAUGAUGUGUACGCCCGGCGCAACCUCCAGCGAGGAUACACCGCCAAAGAGCUGAACGUUAGUUUUAUAAAUGAGAAGAAAUAUCGCUUUCAAAACCAAGUGGACAAAAUGAAAGAAAAAGUAAAGAACGUAGAGGAGAAAUCAAAAGAAUUUGUCAACAAGGUGGAAGAGAAGAGCCAUGACCUCAUUCAGAAAUGGGAAGAAAAGUCCAGGGAAUUUAUUGGCAACUUUUUAGAGCUGUUUGGACCCGAUGGAGCUCUGAAGCAGAUGUUCCAGGAACGAAGCGGCCGAAUGCUCCAGGCUUUCUCUCCGCGGCAGAGCCCAACCAGCAGCCCUACACGAGGCCGCUCGCCAUCCCGCUCGCCAUCCCCUCCGUGGGUCUUCAACAAAGCCUCCCCGCCCUCCUCUCCUAAAGCCGCCUCCGCCUCCCUCAGCAGCAUGAGCGAGGGAGACGAGGAUGAAAAAUAAAAUACAGAUAUAUUUUUUUAACCAUGAGACAGAAGAACAAGCUGUGGACUCAACCGCUGGAUAGGGAGAAGCGUGAGGAACAUCUGGGGUAUCUCUGACAGCGGGGAACGUGCUCUGGGAGAUGUUGGAAACGGACUGGAGCACAGCAAGGGAAAUCUCAGGAAGAGUGUGUCCCAUCCCCGCUCCCUCGCAGUGCCGUACUGGCAGCGUUUGCCUGGCAUGGUGCUGGGGACUGGCAGGAUAGCAUCCACCUGCGAGUGAGCUCCUGUCCAUGUGCUGCUGCUUCCUGCUGCUGGGGGCCGGCCGGAGCUGGGGUUAGGGGGGAGAACCUGUGCUGAGCAGGGCAGGCAGGUGCCACAGUCCUCCACAGUCCACAGAUGACCCAGCAUGUGGGUACACAGCUGUGGCUAGCGGUUGGAGAAACUGGACCCUGCUAACCCUGAGCUCUUCCAGCACGUGAAGGAAGGGCACUGCUGCAGCAAAUAUAUUCAGAAACAGAAAAUGAACCUUCUUUUCUGAAUGAAAUUCACCCCAGACCUCAAAUCAUGCCAGCAAAAUGGAGAGUUGUCCAGCUGAGCAGACGGAAAUUCAUUUGAUAUGUUCAAACUGCUGAAUGUUGCUUGUUGACCAAGCCUCUGUUCAGGGCAUAUGUAAAGAUUCCAGCUGUACAAACACCCUGAGCUUUAUCAAAUCUUUCUCCAUGUUCCUAGUGCCUGAACAGCUACAUCACAACCUCCGUUCCCCAGGUUUGCGCUUUGGAGACAAGAAAGUAAGUGAAGACCACCCUAGCUGGAAUUUCUUGCAGUGGGAAAUAACUGGUCUGAGGACUGGCAUUUUCUGCUGGUGAAUGGUACUAACAUAUGUGGAGCCCUGCUACCCAGGAACAGACCGACCUCUCCUGGAAAUCCUGCUGCUCCCACACAUCACCCUACGGCAGUCCCAGCAGUGCUGCUGUCCCCACGUGCUACUAAUCUGGUUGAAAGAAAUUUCACAUGAAGCUCUGAACCAAAUAUGUCCAUAGAUAUGCUGUCCUUGCAUGGGAUGCUGGGGCCAUUCCUCUACCCCAGUAUGGAGAAGAGGCUGGAAAAAUUGAUGCUACCCUCAGGUAGCCAAGGGGGUCCCAGUGACUGCUGAUAUGAGGUGGGGCCUAUCCAUGAGGAUGGGCCAAGCUCUGAGCAACCCGAUCUAGCUGCCGAUGCCCCGUUCAUUGCAUGGGAGUUGAACUAGAUGAUCUUUGAGCUCCUUUCAACUCAAACAAUUCUGAUUCUGUGAUUUUAAGUGUGCUUAGGCACUGAAAUCUUCUUUCUCUUGCUGUGACAUAUUUACAUCCCCAAGCAGAACUACAGAAGUAGCACUAAGGAAGCUUUCUCCUCUCCAUGAUGCACAUUCUGAUCACCUCCAGCUUGGCAAAUAACUGACCUGCCUUCCUCCUGGCUCUACCAUGCAGCCCCUCAGCUGGCACUUGUCCCCCAGCAUUGGAACAGGCUGCCCAGGUGGAGUCACAGGAUAUGGCACUGAGGGACAUGGUUAGUGGGCUUGGGGAUGGGUCAGUGCUUGGACUAGAUGAUCUUAGCGGCCUUUUCCAAUCUUAAUGAUUCUGUGAUGUGUCUCGAGGAAUGCUGUGCCAAACAACCCAGACUACGACAGGACCCAGUAACUAUCUCAAGGCAUGCAUUGCCUUCUGGAGCCCAGCUGGCUCCUCUGUCACAGAGCUGCAAAAAGAGGUGAGCAGGGAACAGCAGGGGACAGGACAAACGCCGCUUUCAUGAAGAAGUGGAUGAGGAAAGCCACAGCGAGCUCAGCUGCACACCUGGUGGGAUGAUGCAAUUGAGACCUUUCUCAGCCUUAGGCAACCUGUUACUGUAAUUUCAUACCUGGGAUGCACUUGUUAGUUUCUCUGAUCCUUUGCAAGUUUAAGUCUUCCCAUCACAAACCACUCCUCCACCAUGGAACUGUCUGCUCGCUACUGGUGCUGUUCAUAGGACGAGCCAUGUCCAAACACAAUGGAGGUGGGCAAGUUUUUCUUGUUCUUGAGUUUUACUGUUCGUUUUGAUUUCAUAAUAAUCCCUGUUCAGCAGCCAUUGGUCAGUGGUUGGGGCGGAAGACAGCAUCCAUGACGUGUAGAUGGGGCUGGAGAGAAACUCAGAGUGACCUCUGCUUGGCAGAUGCUCUUUCUCGGUCCCAGGUGGUGACCCAGUGACAAAGCCAUAUCCUGUACCAGCCAUCCUUUUCCCACAUAGGAGGACAUCAAUAAGCCGAAGCCUUUCCCCUACUGGUACAGACACCAAUAUCCAUAAUGCUAUCUCCAGCAAACCAGAACCUCAUUGUCUUUGGACACGUGGAAGGCAAUUUUGCACUUCUGAGUCAUGGUUGGCUUUUAUUUUUCAUGAGUGUUGCUUUAAUUCAGUCCUGUUUAUUGGCCAAGCUCCACAUGAAAAAUAAACGGUGUACA